CACAAUCCGUUUUUCGCGUCUCACCAGCGGCUGAAAGCAAAUUUCGCCAAAAAACUGAACGUAUUUCGUAUAUUUCGCACCGCUCCACUUAAAUUUUCAUCACUGCCUGACAAGGAUCAACUGCGAACAUGGAUCUCAGCGGUCCACAGACUCUGAACCAAAUACUUCAGCCCGAGGAGUUGAAACUCGUGCCGGAGGACGUGCAGAAGAAAUUGUCGGCGUACAUACAACAUUUUUCGGAUGAGUACUGCAAGGAGCGUGCGGCCGCCAAUCGGUUGGCCGAGGCUGAGAAGAAAAGUGAGGGUCUGGAGAACAAAAUGGAGGACUACCUGGCGAAAUUCAACAACUUCCAGCAGAAUGUCAACGAGCUGCGCAGCCAGCUGGAGCAGGUGUCCCUGGAGCGGGCCCAGCUAAUGGAGAAGGUCGACGGCUGCGAGCAGAGCGUGUCGCAGUUGCGCAAGGACAAGACGGCGGCCGUCGAGGAGCGCGACUCGCUGAUGAACGUCGUCGAGCGGCAGCAGUCGGAGCUGGAGCGGCUGAAGCAGGACCUGCACACCUACCAGCAGCAGCUGAGCAGCGCCAUUGCCGCCAAGUGCGAGGCCCUGGCCCGCGUGGACGAGAUCCAGAGCAAGGAGGUGGCCCUGGAGCUCAAGGAGAGCCGCAUGGAGAGCGAGCGCCACAUGCUGCAGCAGGAGAUCCAGCUGCUGAGCGGAGAUCUCAACAGGAACAACUCGGAGCUGCAGAACAUCAGGCGGGAGCACUCGCUGAACACCAUGCAGCUGGAGUCGCGGCUCAAGGAGAAGACCGAUGCCCUGCAGCUGGUCCAGGCGCAGUACGGGCAGGCGGUCAAGACCAUCGAGGAGCUGAACCGCAAGGUGGAGGCCCAGAACGACGUCACCUACAAGCAGAACCAGGCCACGGAGGAGUAUGUGGAGCGGCUAAAGCAGGAGCUCGAUGCCAAGGAGAAGCUGUUCGAUAUCUUCAAGAACACCGAGGCCGACCACUUGGCCCAGCGCGAGGAGCUUCUGCAGGGCAUCAGCGACAUGAAGCGCAUGCUGGAGGAGACCGAGGAGCAGGUGGCCCAGCUGGACGCCCAGAUGUCUGCCCUCAAGCAGCAGCACACCGCUGAAAUGGAGGAGAAAAACUGCAAGAUUGAGGCUCUGCAGCGGGAGCUGGCUGGGGCCAACGAGCUGCUCAAGGAGGCUCAGGAGAGCACCCUGGAGAGCGCCAUCUGCAAGUUGGCUCCCAGCGCAGCGGUGGCCAGUCGCCUCAUGCGCUCCGAUCUCUCGCUCACCGAGCUCUACUCCAUGUACGCCAAGAACAGCGAACAGCUGGAGAUGCGCAAUCGCGAGAUCGAGCAGCUGAAGCUCCAGGUCAAGUCCAUCCUGGGCGAGAUCAGCGAGAAUGCUCCGCUGCUGGAGAAACAGAACUCCGACUACCACAAGAUGAAGGAGGCGCACAACCAGCUGCUGCAGGAGCACGACGAGCUGGCCGAACGGAAGAUCACCAUCGAGCACGAGCUGGAGAGGACCCAGUUCAACCUUAUGCACACCCAGAAGGAGAACAAGAAGCUCAAGCAGACGCACAGCGAUCUCAGCCGGCAGGUGUGCAUGCUGCUGGACGAGUUGAACUGCCUGCGGGCCGGAGUGCCGCUCAUUCGCAACCAACAGCCACGCCAGGCGACCACCAGCGAAAGUGUGAUCGACGACAAUCUGGUUACCUUCAGUUCCAUCCAGGAACUGGUCGAAAAGAACACCCACCUGCUGAGUGUGUCCCGCGAACUGGCCGAUAUGCUGGAGGCGAGCGAAAAGAACCAGGACAAGCUGCUGCUGGAGCAGGCUGAACAGCGGGUGAGCAAGCUCAAUGCGCGCUUCGCCGAAAUGGAGGAGCUGUUGGCCCAAAAGAACAACACGGUCACCACGCUGCUGUCCAAGUGCGAUCGCUACAAGAAGUUCUACUUCGCUGCGCAGAAGAAGCUCGGCCAGAGGACGGUGGAUCUGGACGACUCCAAUUUGGAGCUCAACGACUCGGUGCUCGACACCUCCACGCAGUCGGCCGCCAAAAUAGAGGAGAUGGGCAAACUGGAGCGGCGAGUGCGCCAGCUGGAGCAGCAGUUGGAGGAGGAGGUCAAGAAGUAUGCCGCUCUGAAGGAGAACUACGAUUACUACACCAGCGAGAAGCGCAAGAACGACGCCCUGGCCCAGGAGCAGUUCGACUCGAUGCGCAAGGAGGUGCGCGAGCUGACCAGCGGCAACUGCAAGCUGAUGAACGCCACGGAGUUCCAGAAGGAGCAGAUCGAGCUGCUGCACAAGAACAUCGCCACCUACAGGCAACAGGUGGCCACUUUGGAGGAGCGCACCAAGAGCUACGAGAAGACCAUAGUUAAGCACGAGCAAACCGUGCACAUGCUCAAGGAUGAGGUGAUGGCCGCCCACCGCAAGCAUGCAGCUGCCGAUUCGGAGGCCCACAGCCUGCGGCAGGAGAACCGCAUCCUGCGGGACACCUCCUCGCGGCUGCAGAUCGAGAAGGAGACCUACCACCGCGAGCAGCAGAGCCAGUCGAUGCUCCUGAACAGUCUGGAGUUCAUCAAGACCAACCUGGAGCGAUCCGAGAUGGAGGGACGUCAGCGGCUGGAGCAGCGGCUGGAUGACACGGUUCGGGAGCUGUCCGCCCAGCGACGCCACUUCCAGGAGGAGGAGGAGAAGUUCAGGGAAUCGAUCAACGAGUUCAAGCGGCAGGCAGAGACGGCCAUCAAGCUGAAGGAGGAGGAGAAGCAGCAGGCCGAGAAGUGGCAGGCGGAACUCACUGCGGUUCGCGACGAGCUUGCCCAGAAGGUCAGCCAGGUGAACGAGCUGAGCAAGAAGCUACAGGACAGCCUUACGCCCUCUAUCAACGAAAAUCCCAUUGCGGCUGCGAAUAAGCGAGCCAGGGAGUUCGAGCUUAAGUUGGAUCAGGCCACCGUGGAGAUCCAGUCGCUCACCAAGGAGCUGGCCAAGGCCCGCGAGCACGGCGAGCAGUUCUACAAGAUGUCCCAGAGCGCCGAGGCGGAGAUCAAGCGUCUGCACGAUCUGCACAGCGAAUUGGUGGCCAAGCAGGAGGAGGAAAUCAAAAAGCUGCAGAGUUCCGAGGCUGAGCUGAAGACGCGGAUAACCGAUUUGGAGGCGGAGGCCAUGCUGUCGAAUGUCACCGAGCAGAGCAAGACGGUCAACCAGUCGGGUCAGCUGAAGUCGGCCCAAGAGGAGCUAAAGAGCGUGCUGGAGAAGCUAACCGAGGCCAAUCGCACCAUUCGCACGCUGCGCAGCGAGAACACCUCGUUGGCCGAAUCCCUGAGUGCCGUGGAGGUGAAGUACGCCAACGGAAUGGUGCAGCACUCGGCGGACAUCCAGGACUUGACCCGCUACAAGGCCGAGUUCUUCAAGGCCAACGACGAGCUGAAUCAACUGAAGUCGGGCCGCGAAUCACUGCAGGCGGCUUAUGACGAGCUCCUGCGCUCCAAUGCCGAGGCCCAGAAGCUGCUGGACAAGGAGAAGGCGGAGUCGGAGCAGCGAGUGGCCGAUUUGCAUGCCCUGAACGCCAGUUUGCACGAUCAAAUCGAAGCGCUGACCUCUAAACUGGCGGUACUGGCCAGUCAAAACCCGAAUACUUCCCUCAACGAAUCAGCAAUGGAUGCAGAUCAGAGCCUGAAUGCCUCUGGUGCAGCCUGUCCAGGCGAGGAGGGCAGGAACAACGAGCAGCUGCUGAAGAUUAUCAAGUUCCUGCGCAAGGAGAAGGAUCUGUUCGCCGCCAAGCUGGACAUUCUGAAGGCUGAGAAUGCCCGCCUGAUGUCGGAGCACACCAUUCAGCAGAAGAAGGUGGACGAGCUGAAUGGCUAUCUCAAUCAGGAGCGCGCCAAGAGCCAGACGGACGUGGUGUCGGCCAACAAGCACGAGGAGGUGCUGCGCAAGAUCGAAACCCUGAACGCCAUCACGGACAGCAAUCGCAUCCUGCGCGAGGAGCGAAAUGCCUUGACCCUUCGAGUCGCCGAGCUGAACGAACGCAUCGGCAGUGUGGAGAAGGAACUGUUCCCGCUGCAGUGCAGCAACAAGGAGCUGACCUCGAAGAUCGAGGAGAUCAAUGUGGAGAACACCUCGCUGCGCACCGAGGCCAUCAAGUGGCGGCAGCGGGCCAAUGCGCUGGUCGAGAAGAGCAACCGCAAUCCGGAGGAGUUCAAGCGGCUGCAGGCUGAGCGCGAGCACCUGGCCAAGUUGCUGACCGCCGAAAAGGAGCUGAGCAAGAAGCAACAGGACGAGCUCGUCCUGCUGAAGCAGCGCAUGGACACCGAGAUCCCAUCCCUCAACAAGCACCUGCAACUGCUGGACGAGGCGCGCAAGAAGCAGGUGGACGAGUUCACCAACCUCAAGCAGAACAACACGCGGCAGACGCAGGACAUCAUGGAGCUGAAGAACCGGCUGCUGCAGAAGGAGGAGGAGCUGCUGAAGGCCAGCGAGGAGCUGGAGACCAAGGACAAGACCAUAGCCGACAAGGACACCAAGGAGCUGCAGCUGCGCAAGCUGGCCAAGCGCUACAAGGACUUCUACAUGGGCCUGCAAGCCCAAGCCGGAGGAGCCGAAUCCGUCGCGGAACUGGAGAAGGUUCGCAGCGAGUUGGAGGAGGUUAAUAAUCAACUGAGAGCUCUAAAGGAGGAGCAUGAAAAGGUGGUCAAGGAGUGCGAGGAGCUGAAGAAACGCAAUGAACCAGAAACCGAUGCCAGUGCCGUGCGUCAGGAGUACAAGGCCAAGUUGGACAAACUGGUGGUGGAUCUCACCGUGGCUCGAACUGACUUGGCCAACCAGGAGACCACCUUUGCCGGCACCAAGUCCUCCUACGACGAGACCAUCGCGCGCCUGGAGAAGGAGCUGCAGGAGAACAUAGCCGCCAACAAGGACAUCAAUCAGCGACUCACGCGCGAGAACGAAUCGCUGCACAUGCGGAUUAACCAGCUCACCCGUCAGCUGGGUUCGCAGCAGUCCACCAAGCCGUCGACCAGCUCCGUGGCCGAGAAGGGCAACAUCUCGGAGAGCUCUCCGCGCACGGCCAACGUGAAGCCCAUGUCCGGAUCGGCCACAGUGCAGCAGUCGGCCACCGUGACUCCGUGGCGCGGAGGCGAGACGCCUUUGGCCAGCAUCCGACCGAUUUCGGUGCAGAACAGCCGCACGGCCGCCAUUCUGCCCACCAGUCAGCAGCCGCCGGCGGGAUCAAGUGCGUCCACCUCUUCGUCGUCGUCGUCCUCCUCCUCUUCAUCCUCAUCCACAUCAUCCGCUGCGGCCAGCGGAGGCAGCUCGGCGGUGGCCCAAACGGCGCUGGUGCCGCCACAGCAACAGGUGCACACAACUGGCAGUGCGGCCCUGGAAUCGAUGGCCUCCUCCUCGCCCACGUCCUCGCACACCGACUACAUGCCGUCCACGAGCUCUGCCUCCGUGGCGGUGGCUGCCAUCCCACCCAUGGGCGCCUCCUCCGCGGCCGAGAGUUCCCAGGAGGCGGAGAGCAUCCAGCAUCCGCAGCAGAACGAUUCGCAGCUGUUUGUAGGAGGAGCCCAGCAGCAAGUGGUGGCUCUUGUGUCGCCACGCGUAGAAGGAUCCUCGUCUUCAUCGACUUCCGUGCCAAAUGCCACUGCUCCCGGUAUCCAGGAUGGCGGCAGUCAGAGCCAGCAGCCCAGCACCUCGGGCAGCAGCAGCAGCUCAUCCACGGUGGUGAGUAGCCACAGCAGGCACACGCCUUCCAGCAGCAAUGUGACGACCACCCAGGCGGGCUGCUCAUCGCAGGGCAUCAAGCGGCCGCGGGAUGUGGAGGGUGACUCCUCCACCACCAACGAGGAGGGACUUCCCGAGAAGAUGCCAAAAAUGACGAAAAGACUUCGCGUUCCCACGCACAGUGGAGAACUAUCCGCCGGACACAUUGGCGACUCCGGAAUGGAUGUGGAUCAGAUGCCAACCUCCUCGCAACGCGAUCAGGAGGAUGAAAUUCAAGUGGUCGACUCGGACGACGAGGAGGACGUGCUGGCCGAUGCCGACGACGGUGGUCCCAUCGAUGGCGGCGAGGCCGAACAGGAGGGCUACGAGGAUUCCUAUGAGCAGGACAACGAGAUGGACGACAACGAGGGUGCCGACGAUGACAAUGACAUCGCUGUGGAUGCGCAGGACAACAACGAGGUGGACAUCGAGGAGGUGCCGGAGCAGCACAUGCAGGCGCAGGAGGAGAGCCAAUCGCUGGACAGCCAGGCAGUGGCCACCGCAUCCGCUUCUACGCAGGAGAACAACCAGAGUCAGGCCAUCACCAGUGGCAGCGGGGAGUCCUCGAAUCCGGUGACUCUGCCGCCGAGUGAGGCCUCCAACUGGAAGCAAGCAGCCGCCUCCACGUCCACAGCAGCUGCCCGACGCAACGAGAGCUCCAUGGAGAUUGUCAGCUCACCGCAGGUCUCGAACUUCAGUGAGCAACCAGCCCGCUUGGAGACCGCCGAAGUUGAUGGGACCGCCGAGGUGGCCGUGGGUGGUCCACAUGAAAGCGCAGGGCCCAGCGAUGAGGGAGGUGCCGCCGCCAGUUCCCCACAAAAACAGGGCGAGGCUGGAGAGGCUGGCAGUGGAAGCGAUGCCAACAAAGCAGCCGACGAGGGUGAUCAUGCUGGAGGAGCAGAAAAUGCCAGCGAAGCGGAUGAGGCCUUCGCCGAGGAGACACUGGCCACUGGCCAAGGAGAAGACUCGCAGCCACUGGGAAAUGAUAAUCCGAAUGUGGGCACCAGUCAGUCAGAGGUGUCGCACAACCAGGCCAAUCUGGACGAGGGCAACCCCACCGAGGACAGCGAGGGCGCCGACGGCGUCUCCUCCGAGGGUGAGAAGCAGGCGGUGGGUGUUGAGGAGGAGGGUCGAGAGGCGGAAGCCACCUCGCCGUCGGAAAACACGCGAUUUCGCACGCUGCGCAGUGCGGUGCCUACGCGACGCGGAGGUCGCGCCAUGAUGCGGGGAGGCAGCCCCAACAAUCAAAACCGGCCGCAGCGGAUCGUCUGGCAGCGGGAGACGUCGCCGGGAAACAUGCAGCGGGACCAGAUGCCGCCAAACAAUAAUCGUUUCGCCCAACGGGCCCGCAGUCGGCGUCCUAUCCGUCGUCCAUCCCCGAACAACUUCAACAGCGGCGGACGAUUCCCCUAGGGCGAGGAUAUCGGCGGACCCGUAGACGAAAGUCCGCUGUAGGCUGACUAUAAUCAUUGCGUUUACUGGGCUAGAAAUAAGUCUCCUCGCAUUUACAUAUUAUUAGUCUAAGUCGACCCACAACUACAUUUAUUACUCAACAUUCUCCCGUUUGCAAGUCUUGACUUUCAGCAGCAGUCAAGGCGCAAAGAGCUUCGGUUCUUGUACAUUCAUUUAGCUAUAGACUUCCGAAUAAAGAUAUAUGUAAUGGUCAA